AUACAGUCUGUGUCCAUAGAUUGGGAAUUUCAACCUAAAGCCAAAGAGUCUACUCCUAUGCAGGAUAUUUUGGAGGAAAAUUCAUCUCAUGAUUUGCAAAUGCAAUGAUGAGAGACCUGAUGUCUGUUAGGGCAGCCCCUGGACAGUUAUGAAUGUGAGAGAGCCUGGUGGUGGAGCCUGCAGUGUCUUCGAAGAACUCAACCUGUGUAAACAAGGUGCACCUCUUCAAAAUGCUGAAAACGUACCUCUGUUGGGAGCAUCCCUGGGUGCGGCACAGAUGCCGGAGAGCUUUUCAUCAUCAUCCACCCCUUGUCAGGAGCAAACUUUGCCUGGAGGAAGACAUCUCCAGGAUUUAACUGUGGUGCGAAAGGCUUCUGGAGGAACCAUACCUGGACAUGAACAAGAGAACCCACAGCAGAGAGGGCCACACUGAUUAUAAAGAGUGUGGGAAAGUUGUCAGGGAUCCCUCCCUGCUUCGGAGACAAGUUGAGACCCCAGACUGCAAAGAAGCCCUUUUCAAAGUGGAGAAGAACCUUCAGAACCAGCUUGUACAUUACAGUGUAUGAGAAGAUACACAUGGAGCCCCUCCAUCCCCACUUUGGCUCUGAGUUCCUGCUUUCUCAAACUGCAGGAGCUUCUGAAACGGGCCAGGGCUUGAUUUGAGGAUGCAGAUCCGGCCCAGGAUGGGAGAGAGGGAGAAACUUUCACCUCCAAAGGACCGGCCACCUCUCUGGGAGUCCCCUUGGCCUUCUGGAUACACAGGACUGAAGGCGGCUGUGCAGAUUCAGGGGGUUGCCACGCCGGAGCCUGCACUGGGCCUUCCCGACCCCUGGGCCAAGGGUUCUGCUCUGCUUGCUCAAGAGCCUGUGUGGCUACAGGAGGAAAGUGUAGAGAAAGAAGCUGUGGUUCCUGGCGUGCUGUCUACCUGUGUACAGGAACCAGUCACCUUUGCAGAUGUGACUGUGCUCUUCACCCCAGAAGAAUGGAUGUUUCUAGACUCUGCCCAGAGAAGCCUGUAUAGAGACGUGAUGCUAGAGAACUACAGGAACCUGGCCUCUGUGGGAGAUCAACUAUGCAAACUCAGCACCCCUUCCUAUUUGGAGCAAAGAGAAGAGCUGUGGAUCACUGAUAGAGGGAUGUUCCCAGGAGUCCGAACAGAACCUCAACCUCAAUCCCAAGAGUCAAUUCUUAACCAAGAUACUUUUGCGAAGAUUGCAUCCAUUGGCAUAGAAAGGGAGCAACCCCUGCCUGGAGAAAAACUCUAUAAGUAUAAUGAAUUUGGGGAACCCUUUAACAGUAUCAAACAACUUUUUCAGUGUGAGAGAAUUUAUGCUGGAGGCAACCCCUAUGAAUGCCCAGAGAGUGGGAAAUCCUUCUUCCAGACCACUCACCAAAUAGUGCACGAGAAGACCCAUAGUGGGCAUAGUGGAGAUAAAACCUAUGCAUGUAACAAAUGUGAAAAGUCCUUCAGAUACAGCUCUGACCUUAUCAGGCACGAGAAGACCCAUACCUCAGAGAAGUACUUUGAAUGUCAGGAAUGUAGGCACGCCUUCAAGUACUCCUCGAAUCUGCGACGCCACAUGAGGACACACACGGGAGAGAAACCUUUUGAAUGUAGUCAGUGUGGGAAAACCUUCACAAGGAACUUCAACCUGAUUUUGCACCAGAGAAACCACACGGGUGAGAAGCCCUAUGAAUGUAAGGACUGUGGGAAAGCUUUUAAUCAGCCAUCUUCUCUGAGGAGCCACAUGAGAACUCACACUGGAGAGAAGCCCUUUGAAUGCAGUCAGUGUGGGAAAGCUUUCAGGGAACAUUCGUCACUGAAGACUCAUCUGCGAACUCACACCAGAGAGAAACCGUAUGUGUGUAACCAGUGUGGAAAGCCCUUCCGAACGAGUACCCAUCUGAACGUUCACAAGAGGAUCCACACGGGGGAGAAACUUUAUGAGUGUACUACUUGUGGUCAGGUGUUGAGUCGUCUCUCAACCCUCAAGAGUCACAUGCGAACCCACACUGGAGAGAGGCCCUACGCAUGCCAGGAAUGUGGGCGAGCCUUUAGUGAGCCCUCAUCCCUCAGGAAACAUGCAAGGACCCACACCGGCAAGAAGCCCUAUGCCUGUCAGGAAUGCGGGCGAGCUUUUGGUCAGUCCUCACACCUUAUUGUGCACGUGAGAACACACACUACAGGAAAACCCUAUGAAUGUAAUCAGUGUGAGAAAGCGUUCAGGCACAGCUCUUCACUUACUGUGCAUAAAAGGAUUCAUACCAGCCUGCCUUUAUCAGUGUCUCAUUCAUUUGGUAGGCCCCUUGCUAAUUAACUUCCAAUUUGUAAAAAUAUAAACAUUUGGGCCUAUAAUAAUCUCUUAUAGUACUUGUUUAGCUUCAUAACAUGUUUUGAUGUCUAAUUUAAUUUUUGGUUGAUUUUAAAUAUUGUUUUAGUUUCCAUUAUUAAAUCUUUGACACAUUACUUAUUUGUAAUUAGAUUUUUAAAUAACUGCAUGGUUAUAUUUUUGUAGAGGUAUAAUUAUUUAUAGUGGAAUGCAUAAAUAUUAUGAGUUAGAUGAGUUGGACAGAUGUAUAUAUACAUGUAACCAACAACCCAUUCAAGAUAUAGAACAUUUCUGUCAUUCUGGAAAGUUCCUGCAUAUAUCUGGGUGUUUCUUAGUUGCCUUUCUGUUGUUGGUUUCUAAUUUAAUUACAUUGAGCAGAGUGUGUGGUCUUUGGGUUUUUGUUGAGAUUUCUUUUUGGUCUAGUAUGGCACAUCCUACUAGUUGCCUACCAAAACUGCCCUUUCUUCUUUACAACAGAACCUACGUUUUUUUGUUCACAUUGGUAAUGUGCACUAUUAAAAAACCUCCAUCUCCCAGUCCUUGUAGUUAGAGGCCACAUCGCCCAGUUCUGGUCAGUAUGAGAAGUCGCUGGGUGUGACUCUUGGGAAAGAGAUUGGAAAGGAGUGGUUUCAUUUAGCUUGGUCCCUCUAGUUGCCUUUUGCACAAGCAGACAUGGCGUCCAGUGCUAGAGGAGCCAUCUGUGACCAUGAGGAUUAAAGGCACGGGCUAAAGAGAGUGUGGCCAGAGGUUAUAAACAUUCUGAUUCCCCAAUUGGUAUCUUUAUGUGUCUGCACCAGCCCCGAACUAUUUAUUUCUGAAUAUCUUGUUAGAUGCACUUCUUACUGUACAUGACAUUGCUUUUUUGAGGAGGGAAUUGGGGAAGGGAAGGCAGGGAUGGGCUUGUUACAGUCGAAUACAAUUUCUAACAGAUGCACUUCUUACAUGGUCAGUUUUUGUAAGUGCUUCAUGGGUGGUUGAAAUCAAUAUAUUCUACAUAUGUCUACUAGAUUCAGCCUAUUAUUUGUGUCUCAAAAUCUGCAUGUUUAUAAUAAAUAUUGGUCUCUGUCAUAAUCAGUUCAGGCUGCUAUAACAAAAAUACUAUAGGCUGGGUGGCUUAUAAACAACAGAAAUUUAUUUCUCACAGUUCUGGAGCCUGGAAAUCUAAGAUCGAGGCACUAGCAAAUUUGACGUCUGCUUCCUGGUUCACAGAUGGCCAGCUUCUCCCUCUGUACUCACAUGACAGAAGGAUUGAGGGAGCUUUCUGGUGUCCCUUUUAUAAGGGCACUAAUCCCAUCCAAGAGGGGUCUACUCCCAUAAUCUAAUCACCUCCCAAAGGCCCCAUCUCCAGCUACCAUCGCACCGGGGAAGGCAUUAACAUAUGAAUGUUGGUGGACACAAACAUUUGGUCCAUAGCAGUUUCUGAUCUAUAAUGUACUAAAAGAGCUACAUUUAACUCUUCCACCAUGGUUUUGGAUUGCUGAAUAAAUCUUGUAAUUCUAUCAAUUUUUAAUUUAUAUAUUUUGAAGCAAUUAAAUAAACUUUUUUGAUAUUUU